UUGGACGAAUCAAUAAGUUUGAGGUAUAUCCUUCAAGACACAUGUUUUUUAAGGACCGAUACGUCAUUCUCAGAAAAAAGAAAAAAAGAAGGACCCAACAAAAGCGCUCUAAAGAAAAACCAGAGGGAAGGGAGAGGAGAAAAAGAGAUUCCCAACGGAAAAAUUGCCGGGAAAAUGGCAAACCCUAGAAGGAGCUCCUACUCCAUCAACGUCGGCGCCUCCGAUGACAACCGUGGCGGCGGCGCCUCCCAGCCUUCACCCUUUUCUUCUUCUUCAUCAUCGUCCUCCGCUGCAGCCAUAUUUCUAUAUCUCAAGCACUUGCUCAAGAAGCCACACGCCUUCCCUAUCCUGCUCUCCGUCUUCCUCCUCCUUACAUGGCUUUCCCUCGUUCUCCAGCAGCGCUCAUCCUCUCAUUCCUCCGACGCUUCCGCCUCUUCUUCCCGGCUAGGAGGCGCCGCCGUCCAUUGGCGGAAGCAGGACGACGAGAAGGCCAAUUUGAUCCGAUUCAAAUCCAUGUCUUCUCCUAUUGCCAAGGACAACCGCGGAUGGCUUCUCGACCCCGUCGCUCUCGCCCUCGAGCAUGGCGUUAAAGGUGGAGCAGUUUCUUGUGCUACGGUUCAUCUGGGAGAAAUCCGACCCGGCACCCGGAGGGGAAACCACAGGCAUAAUGCCUGUAACGAAACGUUUGUAAUUUGGGGCGCCAAGACUUUGUUCAGGUUGGAGAAUCAUCAGAUCGUCGAUAAGGGUUAUGCACAAGUGGUAAUAGAAGCAGACGAAGUGGCUGUUGCAGCUAGCCCAAGUGGGACUGCUCAUGCUCUUGUAAAUAUGGAUUCGAUGCGCAGCACGUUCUUCGUUGGCUGCCAAGACUGUACAAUGAAUCCUGGCAACUCCUCCGACUAUGGAGUUUGGCAUGACCUCUGAGGCUUUCCCCAUCCUGUAAUCAGCAACCGCACCCCACUCCUUUCGUACAUUUGUGAAGAUGUUUUCUCAUUCUAGGUUUAGCAGAGGUUCUUUUCCCUGUUUCGGCUUUGAUAUGGUGAGCUUGCUGGGUACAGAUGGUUACAGGGAAGAGAGAAAUGAGUUGUAUUGUUUUGUAUAUAGAGAAGUAGACAUAGAGAGAGCUUGUUGUAUAACCUUCUGUUGUUUUUCAAUUUGAAGUUUAAGCCUUUUUGAAAGCAGCAGUCUCUGGUAAAGAACACAAAUCAUACCAGUUAAGAUCCCCGGAUUGGACCAAUCCAAAUCAACAAUUGAAUCGAACAUGCUUUGAAAUUGAUCUGGUCUUGAUUUCUUU